CAUCGGCGCUCCUGUAUCCUAUGGCAGCCAGAACAGCGCCUUCAUUACCGCCCACCACGGCUGCCGAGUAUUAGGAAAGUCGUCAUUAGAUCGAUAAGCGAUCUUUUUGACAGCAGGCAAGCCGAGUUUGAGCCAUGUUGCUGGGGUCUCCCCUGGAGCUGAAGCGAGCAGCUAGUUCCAUCCCAAGCUCGUUGGGCGUGGACCGGUCGCUGAAGGAGCUUAGGGAGAAGCUGGUCAACCAUAACACUGCACACGGAGGCUCUAGCAGCAGCCUGGAUGACAUUGCGACGGAGCUGGUCACCGAGGAUGGCCUGGGCAAGCGGGAAAACCUCCUCGCACUCCUGGCCUGUCUCCAAGACCUGAGUGGAGACACCUCGGAGCCCAGCAACAAGGAUGCAGAUUCCGCGGCGUUGAAGAGAAUCGGCGACUUUGCCGCUAGGUCCAUAUGCCCCAUCGCCGUCACGCCAGACGACGAGAUCGAGGGAUACCACCCUACCGCGGCCGACCGAGCACGGGACCUCGGCGCCCUCAGCAGCGCCAUCCAGCCACUCGCCGAACCCGCCCUGCGCAUCUUUAGCCUCCUCGCGCCAUCCCUGAGCCCCGACGCCGUCGUGACCGCCAUCGCGCACACGGACCCGUCCCUGCCCUGGACGACGCCCGAGGCGGCGCGGCAGGCAGCCGACGUGGCGCGGGCGGCUGCUGAGCGGAGGGGCAAGACGGCCUUGAUCGCCGACGACGUGCUGCGCGACUACCUGCGCCCGCUCUUCUCCAAAUCCAGACCCGCGGCCGUCACGGCGUCGGGCCGCAGGGCCGAGUUCGCCGAGGAGCCCGGCGCGCACGGCAGCCUGGCGCUCGAGACGCGGGCCGCCAAGCCGUGGAAGCACACGGACCUGCGCGCCGUGCCCGUCUUUGCGUGGGCGCUGCACGAGGCGGAUAAGGACCUCAUGGCCCAGCACUGGCCCCUCUUCACCCCCGUCCUCCUCACGCUCCUCGACGACGGCGACGGCGACGUGCGCGCGCGCGGGCUUGGCCUCCUUGCCGUGUUCCUCUCCAGAAUGGACGGCGCCACGCUGGCCGCGACGGGCCUGGCCGCCGUCUUCCGCGACGCCGUCUUCCCGACGCUGCUCUUCCUGCCGCGCUCCACGCCCGAGGCAGAGUCGCUGCGGCUGCAGGAGCCGGCCUACGCCGCGUUGGUGGCCCUGUCGCGCGUUGGCGGCAAGGACGGGCCAGACUUGGCGCUCCUCGACAAGGCCCUCCGCGACGGCGUCUUUACCGGCUUUUUUUACGCCCGGGACUACAUACGUGUCGUCGAGGUCCUCGUGCGGCACGCGGGGCUGAUCGUGGACGAGAUGAAGGUUCACGCCGUCAAGCACCUCAAGGACCUGAUACCCAUGAUAUCCUCGGUCAUGGAGGAGCCCUUCGCAAUGGCCCACCCGCCCUCGCUCCUGGCCGCCAUAGGGGCCCAGCAGGCCGUGAUCCGCAACUGCUGGCCGAGGCUGGCCCGGCCGCCGUGGAGGGAGGAGGUGGUCAAGUCCCUGGUCGCCUGCUGGCUGCGGGCGCGCGACGACGCCAACGACGCCUCCAGGAAGCAGGCUAGCGAAAGCGUCUGCGCCGAGCUGGCAUGCACGGCAAAGAUGCUGGCUGCCGUGACAAGGGCUGAGGGAACCGAACUGACUGAGCUGGUGGCCCCGCUGACGGACAGGGAGCCGUUGCUUGUGGGACUUUUUGGGAUCGCAGCGCCGGACGCGACCGAGGCCUAGACCAGGGGGAAACACAGGAAAUACCGAGAAAAAAAAAGGAAAAGAAAAAUAAAAAAUUAAGAGACCA